AAGUUGUAACUAGAAGCCAUCUGAAUAUUAAGCCAGGGCAGAAUGCUUGUAAAGUAGCAAGUAAAGUGGCAGUGUUUAUUCUGAAAUUCUCAGGCAGUCAGGCUGUCUUAGGCAGAUCUUGAUAAACCAGCCUGCUCCAGGUUUUUAUCUCAGGAAUCCCAACAGGACAGGAGAAUGGAGAGGCAGCAAAGGUUUCUGUCAGAGAAGGAUGAGUCUCAGUUUCAACAUCAGGGAGCGGUCGAGCUGCUUGUCUUUAAUUUUUUGCUCAUCCUUACCAUUUUGACAAUCUGGUUAUUUAAAAAUCAUCGAUUCCGCUUCUUGCAUGAAACCGGAGGAGCGAUGGUGUACGGCCUGAUAAUGGGAUUAAUUUUGCGAUAUGCUACGGCACCAACUGAUAUUGAAAGUGGGACUGUCUACAACUGUGGAAAACUGUCCUUCAGUCCUUCCACUCUACUGGUUAAUAUCACUGACCAAGUUUAUGAAUAUAAGUAUAAGAGAGAAAUAAGCCAGCACAACAUCAGUCCUCACCAGGGAAAUGCUAUACUUGAAAAGGUAACACUUGAUCCUGAGAUUUUUUUUUUUUUACUCAAGCCUCCUUAUGUUGGGCAUGCAGAAGGUCAGAGUGUAGGAAACAGACAUUUUUUUCAAAACUUGGGAUCUAUUUUAACAUAUGCCUUCUUGGGAACGGCCAUCUCCUGUAUCGUCAUAGGGUUAAUUGUGUAUGGUUUUGUCAAGGCGAUGAUAUAUGCCGGCCAGCUGAAAAAUGGAGACUUUCAUUUCACUGACUGUUUAUUUUUUGGUUCAAUGUUAUCUGCUACAGAUCCAGUGACUGUGCUGGCUAUUUUCCAUGAACUACAUGUCGACCCGGACCUGUACACCCUCCUGUUUGGAGAGAGUGUGUUGAAUGACGCAGUGGCCAUAGUCCUUACAUAUUCUAUAUCCAUUUACAGUCCCAAGGAGAAUCCAAAUGCAUUUGACACCGCCGCGUUCUUCCAGUCUGUGGGGAAUUUCCUGGGGAUCUUCGCUGGCUCAUUCGCAAUGGGGUCUGCAUAUGCUGUUGUCACAGCACUGUUGACCAAAUUUACCAAACUGUGUGAGUUCCCAAUGCUGGAAACGGGCCUGUUCUUCCUCCUGUCCUGGAGUGCCUUCCUGUCUGCCGAGGCUGCCGGCCUAACAGGGAUAGUCGCUGUUCUCUUCUGUGGAGUCACACAGGCACACUAUACCUACAACAACCUGUCGUCAGAUUCCAAAAUGAGGACUAAACAGUUGUUUGAAUUCAUGAACUUUUUGGCCGAGAACGUCAUCUUCUGUUACAUGGGCCUGGCGUUGUUCACUUUCCAGAACCACAUCUUUAAUGCUCUUUUUAUACUUGGAGCCUUUCUCGCAAUUUUUGUUGCUAGAGCCUGCAACAUAUAUCCCCUCUCCUUCCUCCUCAAUCUGGGCCGAAAGCAGAGGAUCCCCUGGAACUUUCAGCACAUGAUGAUGUUUUCAGGUUUGCGAGGAGCGAUCGCAUUUGCUUUAGCUAUUAGGAACACGGAAUCUCAGCCCAAACAGAUGAUGUUCACCACCACGCUGCUCCUGGUGUUCUUCACUGUCUGGGUGUUUGGAGGAGGAACGACGCCCAUGCUGACCUGGCUUCAGAUCAGAGUUGGUGUGGACCUGGAUGAAAAUCUGAAGGAGGAGCCCUCUUCAUAUCAGGGAGCAAAUAACUUGGAUAAAAGUGUGACAAAGACGGAGAGCGCUCGGCUCUUCAGGAUGUGGUAUGGCUUCGACCACAAAUACCUGAAACCAGUUUUAACCCACUCGGGCCCUCCACUGACCACAACCUUACCUGAAUGGUGCGGUCCGAUUUCCAGGCUGCUCACCAGUCCCCAGGCCUAUGGGGAAGAGCUCAAGGAGGACGAUGCAGAAUGCAUUGUGAACCAGGACGAACUGGCCAUGAAUUACCAAGAGCAAAGUCCCUCGUCCUGCCGUCCUCCUGCAAGGCCAGGCCUGGACCAGAAAACUUCGCCCCAGACACCAAUCAAGGAAAACAUUUAUGAGGGAGACCUUGGCCUGGGAGGCUAUGAACUCAAGCUUGAGCAGACUCCAGGCCAAUCCCAAAUGAAUUAAUGACAUGAGGAGCACAGAUAUAAUCACUAGUAAGGCUGGGCUGACUGAGGAAAAGGAGCCAGACAGAGAAGGCAGAAGCUGAAAAACACAUGAAGAGCAUAAAUUGGAGAGAAUCAAAACCUUGCCAGGAGUAUCUUCUGGCACCUCCAAAACUGAGAAGUCUUAUCAGCCCUCUGUAUGAUGCAUCUGAACUUAGUUCUGUGACACAGCCAUGUUUAUUCCUGGGUUGGGUGGGAUGGGAGCAGGGAGGUGGGAGUCCUGCUGAGUCAGGGUGGUGAGAUAGGGGUGCUGGGUCUGUAGGGUGCCGCUGCUCCACAGGCAGCUGUCUGGGACCUGCACUUGGAUUUCCAAUGUUAUUUCCUUCAUGGGGAAGAAUUUAAAAAUAAGAAAAAGAGCUUCUGAAAGUAAACACUUUGUGCCUAAGCCAAAGGGAAUGUCCAGUUGUUCAUUAAGUGGUAAGUUUUGUAUUUUUAGGACUUGACGCCCACUUGUUCUAAAUGACCCCGGGGUCAUAUGUGUUCAACACCCACUGUUGGUGGCCUUAAAGAACCCACAUGGUGUUGGGGACCGACUAUUCUUCUUGACAUCCUUUUGAAGCUGGUGGCUUACUGCUGGGGGUGGUGAUGCCAAAAGCAGGGUCAGUUUCCAGCAUGGUAAGACCCCUUCCCAGGCUGAUCUCUCUUCAAAUACCCAUGCUUCGCCUGAAGAACAGGCCUUCAUUCCUCGCUUGUAUUUGAACCACUUCUUGGCUAUGCGGCGGGUCUCCUCUGUAUGCUGGGUGAUAGGGUUGCUCUCCACCGGGCAGGAAGCUGUGCAGGAGCCCUAACCUGCCCUCAGGUUCACAGCUGUGAGCAACCUGGGGGCAGCAACUGAUGACAGCAGGCUGAUGACAUGCGGAUCAUACCAAGGAUCGGGACAAGGUACCAGGACCCCCAUUAAGAGGCAUGGCUGAUGGCCCGUGUUCCAGAGACCAACACAAUAGCUUUUAAUUCAGCUGCAUGACCUGUGCCUUUGAAGCCAUAAGAUACCUCAAAGCUCGUUUUUCUCUUGAAAUACAGAUGUCAAUACUAGACUCCAAAGAGCAGGCUCCCGACUCAGGUGUCCUGGCUAUGUGAUGGGUCUGCUUUUGGGGGAGGGCGGGAGUCACGUCUUCCUCAGGCUCAAAGCUUAUAACUAAUGUAUGCUUUGCUGACCGUUGGCUAAGCCUUAAACGUUACCCGUGCUGGUGUCGGGUACACCGCUAUGAACAUGGAUUUUUUAAUUUUUAAAAAAUUUUUUUUGGCUUUCCAAAUAGUAGAAUCUGAGGCACAAAUUGAUUUAUACUCCACUAAGUAUAUUCUUGUCAUUCCAGGUAAAUAGGGCAAGUGGGGCAGCAUGGAGUUUUCUAAUUUGACUUCAUCCUAAUAAAUUUUUAUUGUAAAUGA